AAUUGGUUGGAUGGAAAUGAUUAUUAAGCUGAGAGUGAUGAUGCUACGAAACGUAUAACUUAACGGAAACUUAUUUAAAUCCAAAAACUACCGAUGAAAUGAAACUUUUACGGAAAAAACAAGUUCGAUUGAGAAGAGGAAGAAAUACCAGAGAUUCACUCCUCCAAAAAUGGCGACGGCGGAGCUGGUUUUCAUCCCCACUUCCGGAGUGGGUCAUCUCGUCUCUACCAUCAAAUUCGUCACUCAGUUCCUCAAUCGUGACCAUCGAUUCUCCGCCACCAUUCUCGUCUUGAAAUACCCAUCAUUUACCCCCACACCCACUGACGGAACCUCCAAUCCCCCGCCGCCUACCUCCGUCGUCACCCCCGCCACGCCGCGUAUUCGGAUCAUCCAUCUCCCCGUUCCCCCCAACCCCCCUUCUCCCCAAAUCUUAUCCAAAUCCUUCGAACAUUACUGCUCUCUCUAUAUCGCGAGCUACAAAACCCUAGUCAAAAACGCCAUUAUUGACCUUGCCGUUCCGGUUGUUGGGUUGAUUAUUGAUCUAUUCUGCACUUCCAUGAUCGAUGUGGGCAAUGAACUCGGCAUCAAUUCGUACAUCUUCUUCACUUCCUGCGGUGGAUUUCUCGGGUCGAUGUUACAACUUGAAACCCGCGAUCGAUGUGUCGGUGUCGAGUUCGACAGAUCGGAAGCUGAUGUCAUCAUUUCAAGUUUCGCUCACCCAGUUCCGAUGAGGGUUUUGCCUCAUUAUUCGUUUAACGGCGACGGAUUCAGGUCCAUGGCGAUACACGCUCGGAAGUUCAAGGAAUCGAAAGGAAUCAUCAUCAAUACCUUUGCCGAUCUCGAACCUUAUGCUUUGAUUUCAUUCUCUGAAGACGGAGGAAUACCUCCAAUUUACACGGUGGGGCCGGUGCUGGACCUGGAAAGCGAAACUCGGCCAAUACCACAGGAAAAUCAGAGCAGGGAAAUUAGGGUUUGGCUCGACAAUCAGCCGCCGUUGUCGGUGGUGUUUUUGUGCUUUGGUAGUCGGGGAUGUUUCAGCCAAACCCAAGUGGUUGAAAUAGCAAAUGGUCUCGAAAGAAGCGGAGUGAGGUUUCUCUGGUCCCUGCGCCGGCCACCGCCGCCGCACAAGAGGUUUGAAGCACCAACCGAUUACGCCGAUCCCGACGAUGUCUUGCCGGAGGGUUUCCAGGAGAGGGUUAAAGGAAAAGGAAGAGUAUGUGGGUGGGUCCGGCAAGUGGAUGUUUUAGCCCACAAAGCCAUUGGAGGCUUCGUUUCGCACUGCGGAUGGAACUCUGUUUUGGAAAGCAUUUGGCAUGCGGUGCCGCUCGCGGCUUGGCCGCAAUACGCUGAGCAACAGUUAAACGCCUUCAUGCUGGUUAGAGAAUUAGGAUUAGCGGUGGAGAUGAAGAUGGAUUACCAUAGGGUCGGUGGAUCUCUGGUGACUGCAGAUCAGAUUGAGAGAGUCAUUCGAUGUUUGAUGAACGGCAACGAUGCAGGGGAGAUGAGGAAGAGAAUGAAAGAAAUUAGUAAGAAAAGUAGAGAAGCUCUCAUUCCUGGUGGUUCCUCUAACAUUUCAUUUGGGAAUUUGAUUGAUGACAUGUUGGCUAGUUCCUUUUAGUAUCUUAUAUCUUAUCUGAUCUGAUCAGAUAUCUGUGUUUUGAGUCUGCUUUUUCUUGAGAAUCUAUCAAUCUGUGGAACCAAUCAUGGAAAAUAGGAAUGGGAAUUGAUUCACAGAGAAUAAAGUUAAUUACAUAUAUUCUGUUCUUGAAUAACAGUUGAAAUGAAAUAAAUGAAAAAAAAAAAAAA